CUAAAACAUGAUUAAACUUGAGCAUAAAGAAAAGACAAGAGAAAUAGAAUAUAUUUAAUUUAAUUAGAUCAUGUUCUAGCAUCUUCAAUCUCUGAUUUUAGCGAAUAGAUUAUAUAAAUACAUUUGUUUAUGAAUAUGAUCACGUAAGCAAAUACAUCAAUAUUAUGGAAUAGAAAAACUCCUUCAAAGGCAAAGUUGAAUUGCUGCCCACGCAAGACUCUUCCAUUGAAUUAACACUAUAAAGGAGCGUGGAAGGUAACGAUGAAGAAUCACCACAAACCUCUCAGUCAUGGCGGAAAGAGUGAAGCUGUUUGGAGCAUUGCUCAGCCCAUUUGUUUACCGAGUGAUAUGGGCACUAAAAUUAAAGGCUAUUCCAUACGAGUUUAUCGAAGAAGAUCUCACCAAUAAAAGUCCGCUGCUUCUCAAGUAUAACCCUGUUCACAAGAAGAUCCCGGUGCUUCUCCAUGGCGAUAAGCCAGUUUGCGAGUCCAUGAUCAUUGUCGAAUACAUCGAUGAGAUGUGGCCCCAAAAUCCAUUGCUGCCAAAUGACCCCUACGAGAGAGCUCUGGCUCGUUUCUGGGUCAAAUUUGCCGAAGAUAAGAGUCCAUCAGUGUGGAGACUGUUUCGUGCUAAAGGGGAAGAGCUUGAGAAUACAACGAAGGAAACCCUGGAAAUGUUGCAGAACGUUGAAGAACACGGGUUAGGGGAGAAGAAAUUUUUUGGUGGAGACAGUGUAGGGAUGGCAGAUAUAGCCUUUGGUUCUGUUGUUUAUUGGUUGGAAGUCGUUGAAGAAGUACUAGGGGGAGGAGUAAUAUUUGAAGCCCACAAGUUUCCUCGCCUGCAUGCCUGGAUGAAAAACUUCAAGCAAGCCCCUAUAAUUAAAGAAAACCUUCCAGAUAGGGACUGGUUGGUUACCUUCUUUAAGCGUCGCAGAGAAGCAAUGGCUGCAUCUGUCUGAUCGGACCGGUGAUACAGAUAAUAACGGGAUCUGUGCUGUGUUUUUCAGUGUUCAGGACCUCUUGUUUCGUGUCUAGUCCGUCUCUUUAUUGCAUUCGUGUCGUCUUUCAGCUGGUCGUUGUGAUAGGCCUAGGCCCGUCUUCGAGUCCCGUGUACUCGUUUUGUUACCUUCCAUGAGUGAAGGAAGUAAUAAAGGAAUAAAAGAACUCGUUAACCUA